GUGAUGUUGCACCGACGGAGAAAACCAUUUUUGCUCCCAAAAGAGGAAGGAUGUGAGAUGAAUUGAAGUGCAUUUAAAUUCACGAAGUCUGAGCUGGAGUUGUUUCCGCGUGUAACCAGUGAGUGAGUGAGUGAGUGAGUCAGGGUGAAAUUGGCCGAGCUGCAGCAGCGAUUCACCAGUGAAGGGGAACAGCUGGCUGGAAGGUAAGUCCCGAAGAUAAGUCCUGGGAAGACUGACAGACUUCCUGAAGGUCUUCUCUCUCUGGGUCCAGUCCUCACCUGGAAGUCUUCCAAUACUGACCAGGUCAGCGUUAAGUUUUCACUAUGUCUGAUGGAGACUACGAUUACCUCAUCAAAUUCCUAGCCCUGGGAGAUUCGGGAGUUGGGAAAACUAGCUUCCUCUAUCAAUACACCGAUGCCAAAUUCAACUCCAAGUUCAUCACAACAGUUGGCAUUGACUUCAGAGAAAAGAGAGUGGUUUACAAACCCACUGGCCCAGAUGGUAACACAGGGAGGGGACAGAGGAUACACCUUCAGCUUUGGGACACAGCUGGUCAAGAGAGAUUCCGCAGUUUAACAACUGCCUUCUUUCGAGAUGCAAUGGGUUUUCUUUUGGUAUUUGACUUGACAAAUGAGCAAAGCUUCCUCAAUGUCAGAAACUGGAUAAGCCAACUCCAGAUGCACGCGUACUGUGAAAACCCAGAUAUUGUAUUAUGUGGCAAUAAAUGUGAUUUAGAGGAUCAGAGAGCAGUAAAAGAAGAAGCUGCCAAGGAGUUGGCAGAGAAAUAUGGACUGCCCUACUUUGAGACAAGUGCAGCAACGGCGUCCAAUGUGAAUAAAGCGGUGGAAACUCUGCUGGAGCUCAUCAUGAAACGCAUGGAACGGUGUGUGGACAAAUCUUGGAUACCUGAAGGGGUUGUAAGAUCCAAUGGCCACAGCUCCACUGAGCAUCUAAAUGCAGCAGACCCAGACAAAAGCAAAUGUGCUUGCUAGAUUGACCUGUGGUCCAAACCUCUCAUUAAUAAUUAAGCUAAACACUUUUUUUUUCUUAAAACCCAAUGCAUGCCAUCCCCUCCCAAAACUAAUAUUUUGGUAUAAUGAGAACAAAUGAACAAAUUGCUUAUUUGUGAACUUGUCUAAAAGAAAAAUAUAAGAGGUCUUUCUGAUGCCUUGUGUGAAUUAAUGUACUCUUCUGUGUCUACAGAAAGUCAGGGCAGGCUGAGUACCAGCAGCAGUUUUAUUCUGGGUUGGUGCAAGAUCUCACAAUUACAAGUGACAGAUAAGCCAUUGCAGCUCAGUAAAAUUACUGAGUAUGACAUGGGUCCAGCAGUGGCAAAAAAUCAGCAGUCAAAAAGAAAUCCAAACACCCAAUGCUGAAUGUUAUCCCCUCCCCAUACAGCUCACGUUUUACAUGGGUCUUCGGGGUACAUCAUAUGUUUGUAAUCUCUCUUCUUUUCCUCCAUUUUUUUUAAAUGUUGGGGUUUCUUCUGAAAAUACAACCUUCUCACUUGGUGUGGGAUUCAUUUAUUUAUGGUUUCAGUGCUAAUCUCUGGUUCUUAUGAUUCUAGUAAACCAUAUGUAGACAGACAAAUUGUGUAUUAGGUUUCUUUUUUACCCUGAAGAACUGUUUAACUUCAUUACAGGUAUGUGCCUAAACUACUACUGGUGCAUUGUCAAAUUUUUACACUGGAGUGAUGCCAAAUUGUUUAAAACCUGCCAAAUACUUGAUUUAAAAGAUUAGAUUCCAGGUGGAGUUUAUUCAAUAAACUCCUCCUAUUUGAUGAAAACAUUGUUUGCCUUUUUUAAGGAAAAAGAAUAGACAUUUUAUUUGCUAAGGUAUUUGAGUUGAUUUGGUACAUGUUGGGUUACUGAAAUAAAGGUCAGCGAGCACUUUAGUAAAUGGGGAACAGAGGUCUAAUUCAGUGUGACAAAUCAAUGUGUACUGCAGUUCAGAAUUUCAGAAAUACUAAAUUGUUUCCAUUGCAUUAGAAGAUUCUGGAAUGUAGAUGUAAUUAGAUUUGAUACAAAUUAUUGUAUUUUUCUCAAUGUAUCUGUUUACAAUGUUGUUUUAAGGAAGAGUCUUGUUCUGAAAAUACUGUCAGAAUAUCCUUUCUAAUAAAAUAAAAUCCCCUCA